UAGGAGGGGCUCAGGCAGUCUCAUCUACCUUGCCGGAGCAGACAGAUCCAGUCACCGCACAGACAAGCGGCGGUGAGCGGAGUGAUCUGUCCCCGCUGUGUCCUCUCUAUGCUCCGGGGAGCCGGCCUCCUCCCCUUACAUGUCCCUGGAUUGCGGUGACACAGGCGACCUUGGCCGUACGAUCCCGGAUCCCCCUCCUCCGCUGUGCUCCCAGACACCAUGCCGGGCUAUGACUACAAGUUCCUGGAGAAGCUCCGCCGCAAGUUCCAGUGUCCGCUGUGCGGGAAGGCGAUGAGGGAGCCGGUCCAGGUCUCCACCUGUGGCCACCGCUUCUGUGACACCUGUCUGCAGGAGUUCCUCAGUGAAGGCGUUUUUAAAUGUCCAGAAGAUCAACUUCCACUAGACUACGCAAAGAUCUACCCAGAUCGGGAGCUGGAAACUCAAGUCCUAAGUCUGUCUAUUCGAUGUAUACAUAGUGAAGAGGGUUGUCGAUGGAGUGGGCAACUAAAGCAGCUCCAGACUCAUCUCAGUGUUUGUGCCUUUAAUGUGAUCCCUUGCCCCAAUCGCUGUAGCACCAAACUCAUCCGCAGAGACCUGCCAGAGCACAUGCAGCACGACUGUCCUAAGCGCAAAGUCCGAUGUGAAUUCUGUGGCAGCGAUUUCACAGGCGAGGCCUACGAGGAACACCAAGGCUGCUGUCCUCAAGAGAGCGUUUAUUGCGAGAACAAGUGUGGCGCUCGUAUGAUGAGGCGUGUUUUGUCCCAGCAUUCCCUGUCGGAGUGCCCGAAGCGCACUCAACCAUGUCCGUACUGCAGCAAGGAGUUUGUUUUUGACACUAUUCAGAGUCAUCAGUUCCAGUGUCCUCGGUACCCUGUUUCCUGUCCUAACCAGUGUGGCAUCGCCAACGUUGCCAGAGAAGACCUGAGUGGGCACCUAAAGGACAGUUGUAGUUCUGCAUUAGUGCUCUGCCCUUUCAAAGAUUCUGGAUGUAAACACAGGUGCCCCAAGCUUGGCAUGAGCAGACACCUGGAAGAGAAUAUGAGGGCCCACCUCAGCAUGAUGUCUUCUCUGGUAAGCCGUCAGAGACAGGAGAUCCAGGACCUGAGGAAACAGGUGGAAGAGUUGUCUGUGAGCAGCGAAGGGAUUCUUAUCUGGAAGAUCAGCGACUACUCCCGCAAACUGCAGGAAGCCAAAGUCCGAGGCAACUUUGAGUCAUUUAGUCCACCGUUCUACACACACAGAUAUGGCUACAAGCUCCAGGUUUCUGUCUUUUUGAACGGGAAUGGUAGUGGCGAAGGAAGCUACCUUUCAGUCUAUAUUAGGGUGCUUCCUGGAGAGUAUGACAACCUACUGGAAUGGCCUUUCUCCUAUCGUGUUACAUUUUCUCUUCUUGACCAGAGUGAUCCUUCGCUGUCCAAACCCCAGCACAUUACCGAAACUUUCAACCCUGACCCUAACUGGAAAAACUUCCAAAAACCAGGUGGCUCCCGAAAUUCCCUGGAUGAAAGUACACUUGGUUUCGGAUACCCCAAAUUUAUCUCUCAUGAGGAUAUACGGAAACGCAACUAUGUACGGGACAAUGCUGUAUUCCUUCGAGCAUCUGUAGAUAUCCCUCAGAAAAUAAUUGCAUAAUUACAGAGCUUGAACAUGUAAAGAGAAAACGGACUCCUAUUAGAAAUUAGUAGUGUUUUUGGUUCAUUAUUUUCUGUUCUUGAUCACUACUCAAGAUGCUCUAGCUCCACAAAGGAGGAUGGUUACAGAAGAGCUGCAAAUCUCUCGUCCUCUAGCCAGUGAACAGAUCAUUUUGAGUUGUUAUGACCAAGUCAACUGUGAUGCCUUGUGAAAAAAAACAGUGGUUCACUGCACCAAUAAUGCUUUUUUUUGGGGAUGAUGUCCCUGAAUAAACAGCAAAAUGUGUAUAUGACCAAAAUGUUCAUCUUUGUUCUUCUCAUAU